AUGUUCCCCCGUAAGAACAAUGUCAUGACACACCGUGUCGAACUGGGACGAUUCGUCAAUGCAGCAAUGCCAAGCGGGCGUUGGAUGCUCGUCGAUAAAGACAAGAUCAUGGAGAUGAUGAACAGUGCCGAACAGCUAAGACAAAACAUUGGGCAAGGGGGAAACCCCCUUGCAGCCCGCAUAGCUGCUAUGGAAGAAGUCAUUAAAAAUCUGACCGAACUGAAGCCGCUAAAGAAUCCGACACUGCAUCGGAGGCUACUCCGUCAACAAGUCGCGCCACUUCCACCAAAUCAACUAAAAGGCAGCUUUCGUCCAGCUCGGAUACCACCGAAUCCGGUGUUGAAGAGAAGCGCGCAGAGGAGAAGCCGGGGCCAAGCAAGACUUCGACGCCCAAAAGGACAACGAAAAUCGAAGUUUUGA